GCUUUUUUUUUUUUUUUUUUUUUUUUCAAUUUGGAUAUCGAUCUCUACAGUAUGAGUUCAUUAAUUUGUACAAAAAUAUUUUCAAUUUGGAUAUCGAUCUCUACAGUAUGACUUCAGGUCAAGUUGAUUUCUCUUUAUUUUCCUACGUUUGAUUUUUCUCUAAUUAUUGUUAUAAAUCACCUUAUUAUAGUAAAACGAUUGUUGAUACUUGAUAUUAUAUGAAUGUCCAAAAGACGGUGUACUUAAGUUCUUUAGGAAUUAGAGGGAGUAUGUAUUGAUUAUGGAUGAUUGAUUAUGAAAGGAUGAUCAAGUGAACAAGAACAACUCACAUCAUUGUGACAUACGAAGUACUUAAGUAGAACCCGUGUGUUCAAUCUCCUAGGAAUCUAUGGACAAUAAGCUCAAAAGUAUACUAGAUGAAUGGGAAGAGGACGCGAAAGUGAAAUGUGUUCUAGUAGAGAGUAGUAGUUAGCCUCAUUCAUUCUGAGCUGGUGGUGAUGUGAAGUAUAUGACUGGAAUUCAAGAUUUAUCAGCUCUGAUUGAGGUAUUCACAGCAGAGUAUACUUUAAUUUGUAAGAUUUCUGAAUACAAAAAACCGUACAUCUGCUUGAUGAACGGCAUUAAUAUGGGUAUGGGUAUCGGCUUAUCAUGCCAUGGCCAUUUCCGCGUUGUAACAGAGAGGACUCUAUUUGCUAUGCCAGAAAAUAGUAUUGGUAUGCUCCCUGAUGUAGGGUUUUCGUACAUAGCUGCAAGCAGUCCAGGAGAAGGAUCAGUGGGUGCUUAUCUUGGUAUGACUGGCAAAAGAAUAUCUAAUCCGGCUGAUGCUUUAUACGUUGGCCUAGGGACGCACUAUGUGCCAUCGGGUUCUCUAAAGGAGUCUUUGUUGGCAUCCGCUUUUUCGGAGGAUCCAUACCAAGAUGUUGCAGAAAUACUGUCAAAAUACAGCAUCCAGCCACAUUCCGAGUCACGGCUGAAGUUGCUUUUGCCCUAUAUUGCUUCUACCUUCAAUGCAAACAAGUCAGUAAGUGAUAUAUUUGAGGAGCUGAAAAUGCAUCAGCAGAGUUCUGAUACCAGAGUGGCUGGAUGGGCCAAGGAGGCCUUGGAAGGGCUUGGGAAAGGCUCUCCAUUCUCUCUGUGCUUAACACACAAGUAUUAUGCUAAAGUUGCAUCAGCUGUCAAAAGUAAUGAUGUUCAUCUGUCUAAUGUGAGUGAAGUGAUGAAAUUGGAGUAUAGAGUUAUUCUUAGAGUUUCACUAAGAAAAGACGCCGCAGAAGGUGUCCGUGCUAUUCUGGUCGACAAGGAUCAGAAUCCAAAGUGGAGUCCAUCAAGUGUGCAGGAAGUUGAUAUGCAAGAAGUUGAGGCACUUUUUGAGCCAUUUGAGCCUAGCAUUCCAGAAUUGAGUUUUAAGAGCUCUAAGUGCAAUUCUUUUUCAGCCAAACUUUGAUUGAAAUAUGUAUAUCCAUAUAUCCUAUAAAAUUACAGUAUUUUAUCUUAAUAUAGCCAGAUAGGGGUAAUAUUCAUUUAUUCUUGCCAAUAAUGAUUUGUUAUGGUUACUUUCACAAAGGAUUAUCUAUAAAUUAUUGUAAUGGGUGGUUUUGGAUUUGAUAACCCAAGGCCAAUGUAAGAUUCCUACUUAGUAAUUGGAAACUAUCUCUUGCUUCUAUUGA